UCUUUCUCCCCUCCUCUUCAGUUUCUCUCUGUUUUGUCACUCUUCAUCACACAGUUCACGCCUGCGAUACUGCUCUAUCUCACCGCCAGUUCUUCACAAAACCAUGAGUAUUGCCAGGAAGAUAAAUAUUGGAACCAAAGGAUUUGGAAGGUUCAAUCGGUUCAUUUCGAAUCUCUCUCGUCAGAAUGGUGACGAUGUUAAGCAGAACCUUCCAGCACUGUCCAACAUGUUUGCAAAGCAGGAUCAAGAUAGAUUUGAAUCUGGUGGGAUGUACUCUUUAAGGAUGCUUGCAUUUCUUGGGGCUAGUGUUUCAGGACUUUUGAGUUGUGCAACUGUAGCAUAUUCUGAUGAGGCUGAACAUGGCUUGGCAUGCCCUAACUAUCCAUGGCCCCACAAAGGCAUUCUCAGCUCAUAUGACCAUGCUUCGAUUCGUAGGGGUCACCAAGUCUAUCAGCAAGUUUGUGCAUCUUGCCACUCUAUGUCCUUGAUAUCGUUUCGUGAUCUUGUGGGUGUGGCAUACACUGAAGAAGAGACGAAGGCUAUGGCAGCUGAAAUUGAAGUGGUAGAUGGGCCGAAUGAUGAAGGUGAGAUGUUUACAAGACCUGGCAAGCUAAGUGAUCGUUUUCCUCAACCAUAUGCAAAUGAACAAGCAGCCAGAUUUGCUAAUGGGGGGGCAUAUCCUCCCGAUUUAAGUCUUAUCACAAAGGCCCGUCAUAACGGUCAGAACUAUGUGUUUGCUCUUCUAAAUGGUUAUUGUGAUCCUCCAGCUGGUGUCUCGAUUCGAGAAGGGCUGCACUAUAAUCCUUACUUUCCUGGUGGGGCAAUAGCUAUGCCCAAAAUGCUGAAUGAUGGUGCUGUUGAAUAUGAAGAUGGUACCCCAGCAACAGAGUCACAGAUGGGGAAAGAUGUUGUGACAUUUUUGACAUGGGCGGCUGAGCCAGAAAUGGAAGAGAGAAAACUGAUGGGGUUUAAGUGGAUAUUUGUGCUGUCACUCGCUCUUCUUCAAGCUGCUUACUACCGGCGCUUGAGAUGGUCAGUUCUCAAGUCACGAAAGCUGGUCCUUGAUGUUGUCAAUUAAUCUCUUCGCUAUUUCUUUAAUUUAGGAUAUUGGUUGGCAAUAAUGCUUCAAUUUUCAUAUUUGAGGAGAUGAGCUUGAUAUUAUACGGGAUGUAGAAAAAAUACCCAUUUUAAUCUUGAUUCUUUUAAGGAAGGAAACUAAAUAAGUUGCUCUUAGACAGAUAUUUUAUUUUCUAAAAUGGAAUGAAAAUUACUAUCACUCAUUAU